AUGCAGGCGGCUUUAAACAAAAUGCAGAGUGACUAUCUUGAUCAUAAGGAACAAUUGAAACAGGACGAGCAGAACCUCAGAGAUACGAUCGAAAUUUACAAAGAGAGGAUGGAAGAAUUCCUCGAACUAGCAAGAGUGAACAAUACUGUGCCAGAUUCCGAGUCAAAGGACCUCAUCACUUCGAUUCUCGAGAAGGCACUUGGUUCAAUUGACGAUUGCAUGACUCUGGCAGAAAAAUCCAUCGGUAAAAACGCGAUCAUUGAUCAGCAUCAAAAGUGCUGUCUCAAAAUGAUGCGCCACUUCCAGAAGCUCUACACUGAUACGAAGAAGGACCACGCAGCUGCGAUAAAAGAGCUCAAAGAAGUCAUUUCAAAGCUCGACAAACAUGUGAAGACUUUAGAGAAAGCCGCCUUGAAAUGCGAAACCGAUCUGAUCAAAAAACUCGAGGAAGAGAGCGAAGUCAACACUUUUAUGCGAAAGAAACUCAUCGAUGUCACCGCCCAGCUUUCGGUUAAAAACGAAACAAUCAAAGAAGAAAGAAACAGGUACAAAAAGGCGCGAGAAAACGUCGAGGAUCAGAAAAAGCUGCUGAAGGACAAGAUUCUAGAGCUGAAACUAUUCGCUCUUCUUGGCGCGCGGGAAUCAACGAAGAAAAAGCUGCAAGCUUGUGAGUCGGAAAUAAGCUUGAUGGAACAACUGGAGAAGGAGAAAAAGACGAACGCUUCUCUUCGACAGGAACUGGAGGAAAUGAAGGCCAAAUAUGCUAACGAGAAAGACCGAAAUUCGGUGGAGCCAACGAAGGAAGAAGGAAUCGAGCUGCAGAAAUGGAUGAAGAACAUGAAUAUUGCCGCCUAG